AUGUUACUCCGUCGUAUGAUUCAAUAUAAUAUUACCUCUCGAAAAUUGAGUUCCUCAUCGAAAAAUAAUUUCGUUAGAAUAUUUGAAGUUGGUCCUCGAGAUGGAUUACAAAAUGAAAAAGUUCAGGUCCCAACAUCGAUUAAAGUUGAUUUUGUUAAUCGAUUAAGUCGAACAGGACUUAAAUGUAUUGAAGUAACUAGUUUUGUAUCACCUAAAUGGGUACCACAAAUGGGUGAUCAUGUUGAAGUACUAGCUACAAUUGAUCGAAUACCCGGUGUUUGUUAUUCGGCAUUAACACCAAAUGUUCAAGGUAUUAAUAAAGUUUUAUCAUUAGGAAAAAAAGGUGUUGAUGAAGUAGCAAUAUUUUCUGCAGCAUCUGAAACAUUUUCAAAGAAAAAUAUUAAUUGUUCAAUAGAAACAUCAAUACAACGUUUUGAUGAAGUUGUUAAAAUUGCACAUGAAAAGAAUUUACCAGUACGUGGAUAUGUAUCAUGCGUAGUUGGUUGUCCUUAUGAAGGAAAAAUUUCACCAGCACAAGUUGUACCUAUUGUACAAAAAUUACUUGAUAUGGGUUGUUAUGAAAUUUCACUUGGUGAUACAAUUGGUGUUGGCACACCGAAAUCUAUUCAAGAAUUACUUGAAGCACUCAUUAGAAGUGGUAUUCCAUCUGACAAAUUAGCCAUUCAUUGUCAUGAUACAUAUGGACAAGCAAUUGCUAAUAUUGCACAAGCAUUAGAAUUGGGUAUACGUUGUGUUGAUUCGAGUGUUGCUGGUCUUGGUGGAUGUCCAUAUGCAAAAGGUGCAACAGGAAAUGUAGCAACAGAAGAUGUUGUAUACCUUUUACAUGGACUUGGUUAUGAAACAGGUGUUGAUCUUGAUCGAUUAGUUGAUGUUGGUCAAUUUAUUACAGAUGCUUUAAAACGACAGAAUGGAUCAAGAGUUGCAAAUGCACUUUUAUGUCAACGACAAGAUCAAACUACAACGAAGAACAAACAACAGUAG